AUGGAGCAUCAAGCCUCUGAGGACGGUGAGCAAAUGCUUCAGCUUCUAGACUACAUCCUCACAGAUCAUUCAUUCUUUUCGUCCACCGACAGCUUUUCUGCUUCCAACAGCACGCCUUCCUCUGAAGGCUUCCCUUUUGCGAACGACUCUUCGCCAAGCACUUCUUUCAAUAGCACUUGGUCUUCAGUUGACAACGGCAGCAAUAAUCGUGAUGAUACUGAAUCUUCAUGCUCCUCAGAUACCUUCAACAGCGUCGAAUUUAACGACCGUCGACGAAAAGCCAACGAGUGGGAGACGGUGCACUAUUCCAUUCUGGAAGGCACUUAUCUCGCCAGUCUGGAGUUGGCAAAGUCCAGGCUACUCUUGAGCGACUCCCGUCGAGAGCUUCUGGUGGAUAGUGCCGAGAACGAGGAUGAGGGUGUUCAUAGCAAAUCCGCGGAGGCUGUCCGGUUGCCAUCCGCCUCUGAAAAUGAAAUGGCCACCCCCAAGACCUUUUCCCAUGAAUGCCGCCUUGACUAUCCUCAACUCUCCAAAGGCGGUCUCAGGCACACAGACCUGGGUCAGGAUACCGAGCAUGGAGACCAGGUAGAUAUCAGUCUUGGAGUAGCACAUACUCACGGUUCGACUGACGCGGCUUCUAUGCUCAGCACAGGCAGCGGUAUUGCUGGGCAAGCCCCAUCUGAGCUCCUAGAACACGACAAGCUUACUAAGAAUGAAAAGAAAGAGGGCCUAAAGCAAGGAGAAUCAGCCCCUGUCCUGAGAUCAGAGUCGGAUUGUUUAGUUCAAAUCAAUGAGUAUUUCGAAAUCCGGAAUACCUCUUUGGGUGGCUCCGGUUCGUUCUCGCGGAAAGACCUCAAGCGUGGCGAUGUCAUCCUCCGCGAGAACUUCAUCAUUCGAACCAACAGCUAUACCCUGGAUGAGCAGUUUGAGAGCCUUGAUUUUGUCGGCCGUCGAGCAUACCUCUGCCUCCACCCCCACUGGCCCCUGAAUCAGGAGAAAACGGACGUUAUGAGUGCCAUUUGUCACACCAACGCCUUCAACAUUGGAGGGGGUAGCGCAGUCUUCCCCAUAGCGGCCCGGUUCAACCACAAGUGCUCGUCAAUGAGCAACAUCGACUUCAACUACGAUCGCCGCGCCGGCCUUAUGGUGUUCACCGUCAAGGCAGAGGAGGUUGCGGCUGGUGAGGAGCUGACACUAUCGUAUGGCGGCAACCCGAGGUCCCUACACGAGCGCUAUGGGUUCUUUUGCCAGUGCGGCGGCUGUGAAGGGUGGAGCCAGGAGCAGGCUGACGAGCUGCAGAAGCUUAACUGGUGCUACUGA